AUGAGGAAGCUCGGUGCUGGCUUCCUCCUCUCGCUCCUGAAGGACCCAAGGCGCCCACCGCCCUCAGGAGGGAGGUCCCCCUCGUGUGUUCACCGUCUGCACCCCUGCCCCUGCCCAGGUGCUGUGUGCUCCGACCUCCCUUACGCCUCCUGGUUCGAGUCCUUCUGCCAGUUUACUCAGUACCGUUGCUCCAACCAUGUCUACUACGCCAAGAGGGUCCGAUGCUCCCAGCCAGUCCCAAUUCUCUCACCUAACGCUGACCAGGAGACAGACUCUUCUACUGAAGCACAGCCCUCCACCAUGACCUCCCCCAUGCCAUCCCACAACACAGCCACAGAACGGCAGGCCUUCCAGCCCUGGCCCGAACUGCUCAAGAACAAUGUGGAGGAGCUGCAGGAGCUGCUGCAAGCCUCCAUGUCCCUGGGAGGCCCAGAGCGAGUGUCAGGCCACAAGCAGGGUCAAAGGCAGGAGCAACAACAGGAGCAAGGACAAAAACAUAAACAGGAGGGAGAGCAGGAGCAGGAGAAACAGGAGGAGGAGGAGGAGGAAGAGGAGGAAGAGGAGGAGGAGGAAGAGGAGGAGGAGGAGGAGGAAGAGGAGGGGGAGGGGAAGCAGGAGGAAGGACAGGGGACAAGGGAGAGACUGCAUGCCAUGUAUGGGCUGCAGACAGACUCAGAGCCCAAGCACCAGGCUGGUUUAUCUUCCAACCCUUUGUCCUUCGCUGCCCGGGUGCGGAAAGUGAAGUCUACGCCUAUGAUGGUGGAGAACAUCCAGGAGCUCAGUCAAUCUGCCCAGGAAAUGGAUGAAAUGAGUGGGGUGUUUGAUGAAGACUCUGCUUGGAGAAGCCAAAACUCUGGCAGCCUCUUGCAGCUGCCCCAUGAGGAGGCCUUACUGGUGAUGUGCUAUUCCAUUGUGGAGAACACCUGCAUCAUGACCCCCACAGCCAGGGCCUGGCGGCACUUGGAGGAUGAGAUCCUUGGUUUCGGGAAGUCGGUCUGUGACAGCCUUGGGCGGCACCACCUAGCUAUCUGUCCCCUCUGUGCCUUCUGCUCCCUGAAGCUGGAGCAGUGCCACUCGGAGUCCAACCUGCAGCGGCAGAAGUGUGACAGUUCCCACAAAACACCCUUCAUGAGCCCCUUUCUCUCAUCCCAGAGCAUGGCCAUCGGCAUCCAGAUGGGGAAUGUAAAAUCGAACCGCUAUUACGGGCUGGAUAUUUAUGGUGGGCUUCGCAUGGAUUUCUGGUGUGCCCUGCUAGCCACGAAGGGCUGUGAAGAUACUCGAGUAGCUGGCUGGCUCCAGGCUGAGUUCCUUAGCUUCCAGGAUGGGGAUUUCCCCACCAAGAUUUGUGACACAGACUAUGUGCAGUACCCAAACUACUGUGCCUUCAAAAGCCAACAGUGUCUGAUGAGAAACCGGGAUCAGAAGAUAUCCCGUAUGAGAUGUCUGAAGAACGAGAGUUACAAUAUCUUGACCCCAGCCAGAAGCGAGGACCUUGUGCUUCGAUGGAGCCAGGAGUUUAGCACCUUGACUCUAGGCCAAGCCGGAUGAGCUGGGAUUCUCCCUGUCUCCACCUCAACCCAGACUGUCCACAUUCUCCAUUGCUUUCUUACUCCAUUGGUCAUCAGUUUGCGUCCAGGCUGCCCCUUUUGUGUCUCUUACCUGGUCCCUACCCACGUUUUCCUUGGGUCGGGGCAGGAGUCCCUGAAAGUGAUGGAACUCCACCCGCCUUAAAGGAUGUCUUUGCAUAAAGUGUUUAUUUUCAACCUA